GUAUAAAAUGUACCAACACAAGAAUAAUUACCUACCCCAUAAUCAACGUAUAUCUAAUAUAGCAUGGAGGAUGCAAAAUAAAAAGAUGAUGAACCAACCAGCGAUAAAUAAUGGAACCGGCGGUGGUAUUACCAAACCAAUAGUUCGAUCAAACUCUUCCAGCGGCCGAUUCGGUGCUCGAUCUAACUCCUUGUCCCGUGUGAUUAGUAAUACCUCCACGGCAAAGAAAAAUGCAAGUGUCGCUAGUGCCAACAGUGAUAAUGAUCCAACUUUGGACACUUUUGAUUAUGUCGAUCACAUCAGACGUAUAAGUCAAGAAGAGUAUGGUGGAACCUCGGAAUUUCCGGACACAACCACCAUGCCUGCUAUGGGCCGAGCCAUGUCCAUUCCUGCUGAUCUGAAAAAUAGUUCAUUUGCCAUUGCUGCGGGUGCAAAAUCAGAUUAUAAGUUCAGAAUAAAGUCUCCUUCUCCAACCAAUUCCAAAAAGGUGUUGCAAUGUACAAACUGCCAAACUAAAACUACUCCUCUCUGGAGAAAGGCUAAUAACGGAGAUUUGUUGUGUAAUGCAUGUGGGUUGUUUUAUAAGUUGCAUGGAGUUUUAAGACCACUUAAUUCCUCGCUUGAUACUAAGGAGCAAAAGAAGAUGAACAAGAAGAAGAUUAACAAGAACGAUCAAAAUAUUCUGAAUACAAAUACUAACUUGUUUGCUGGAUUGAAUCAAGCCCAAUUUGUGAACAAUGAUAAUCUUAAUAAAAUCCCAACCGAGGAUGUCAAUUUGGAUUCUUUCUUGGAUUUCAAUGUUACUGCCAACAAUAUGAAUAACUCUGAACCAGCACAAACUCCAGUAGGAUUGUCAAGCAGUUUACCCGAUAGAAUAACCUCACAACAGCAACCACAAUUACCCCUGCAAGAACAACAACAGCAGCAGCAGCAACAACAGCAACAGCAACCCCCACCACAGCCUCAACAACUCAAUGGUGCUAAUUUUGACGAUUUUGAAAAGUUUUUAGGUGUCAACUUAUAUCCUGAUUUCAACCAACGGCAAUUUUUUGAAAUGGAGCAUCCCAUGGGAAUCCCACCAGAUUCUCAAUUACCACAAGGUUCAUCUGCAUACCCUCAACAGCAACCACCACAACCACAAAACUCUCAGUAUCCAGCACAACCAGUACAACAAGCUCCAGACAUGACCAUGUUGGAUCCAGCCAUGGCUAAUAAUGUGAACUACAACUAUACCAACAAUACUAAUGGAAAUAACGGUAGUUGGAACUGGUUAGAUUUCAGUCCAGCUACUUCUUAAUGUAUAUUUAUUUUAAAAAAGUGAUAUUUUAAGUUUAAUGUAUAGGUUAAUUAUACCGUAACGUCUUUUAC